UAAGAUCAAUCAUGUCUAUUGUGGAAAUGGUCUACAUGUUUUAGUUUAUACUUUUUAGAGUUGGUGCUUUUAUUGGAACUGGAAGUCCUGAUAUGCUUAGGUGUUCUUUUUUAUAUCCGUAUUUCUUCUAAUUUCAUGAGUUCCCAUUAUUGGACUGGAUGGCUGAGGGGACUGUGCAAUCUCGUUAUGUGAAGCUUACCAAGGAACAAGCUCCCGUAGAGGAUAUCACUCCAGGGGAGCUCAAUCAACCCAUUCAGGUGCCUCAGUUGGCUGUUCACAAAUGCAAUGAGUGUGGUCAGCCCCUUCCUGAGAGUUAUGAGCCUCCCGCAAAUGAACCGUGGUCAACUGGGAUAUUUGGCUGUGCUGAAGAUACAGAAAGUUGCUGGACUGGACUAUUUUGUCCAUGUGUUUUGUUUGGGCGCAAUGUGGAACACCUGAAAGAAGAUAUACCCUGGACGAGACCAUGCAUUUGUCAUGCCAUUUGUGUUGAAGGUGGCGUUGCACUAGCAGCAGCAACAGCAAUCUUCCAUGGCAUUGAUCCAAGGACAUCAUUUCUCAUUUGUGAGGGUUUGUUGUUUGCUUGGUGGAUGUGUGGCAUCUACACUGGUCUUUUUCGACAAUCAUUACAGAAAAAAUAUCAUCUCAAGAACUCCCCUUGUGACCCAUGCAUGGUACAUUGCUGCAUGCACUGGUGUGCAUUGUGUCAGGAGCACAGGGAAUUGAAAGGGCGUUUGUGUGAUAAUGUUGCCAUGCCUAUGACGAUUGUCAACCCUCCUCCAUUGCAAGAGAUGAAUGCAAAUGAAAAUCGGGAGUCUGCGCGUGCCGCAGCCAAUGGUGUUGAGCACACUGAAGUAGAGAUACAGGCCGUAGAUUCAGAGUAUGUGGUACAAAGGUUAAACUAAAAACGGAAUUUUUGGGGUUUGUUCUUUACUGUUAAUAUAGCUUGUGUCAAAAUUUAUGCUGACCUGUGGGAUGCUUGCAUAAGCAUUUGUGGGAGAGAGAUCUGCCAUUGUUUGGAUGAGCUAUACAAAUGGACUAGUUGAUGAAAUCACCUUUAUAAUGUUUCAAA